UUCCAUUGCUAAAAAAACAAAAAAACAAACAGCCUCUUCCUCAAAAACCUGGAAAAUCUUCAAUAUUAAUAUUCAAUACCUCUGCAGGCAAUAGUCCUAUAAAUAUUCAAUACCUCUUUUGAAACCGUUGGAUUCUGCAAAGGGGGGAGAGAGAGAGAGAGCUUUGAGAGAAGAAAACCCAAAUGCACGUAGUGAUAAUUACCCUACUAUUUGAUUCUUUUAGCUUCUUCCCUUUGCAUCGUUUUAUCUUUGGUUUGUGAGUCAGAACAAAGAUCUGAGCAUUUUUCUUUGUAAACUCCCCACCCCCUGUUGGCGAGAGACUGGGAAAAAUCGUUAUCUUUCUAGUUAAGAUCUAUUGGGUGCUUUUUGCUUGCUGGUAUUACUGGGUACAAGCUUCGGGGACUCGAAUAAAAUACUGGUGUUUGUUCACACUUUAAGGAUCAAAACUUCAAAAGGCUUUGUUUGUUAGAGGUGACGUUUAGGGCUGAAGUGUUGGAACAUAAGUAAGAGCAAACUAUAUGUUUUGGUUCAAAAGAGCAACACUUGGGGUAUUUGGGUGGAGAAGAAGAUCGAUUGGAGGCGGAUGAAGCUGAAAGCGGUCAUCUUUUGUAGUAAAAUCGGGUUCGGUUGAAGAAACAAACAGAAUAAGACCUCAAGUCUUGGGGCUUUGUGUUUUUGCUUGUCGUUAAAGUCUUUUUCGAUGGGCAAAUUGUCAGCUUUUUGAUAAACUGAUUGUUGUUAGGCGUAGUGUUUUUAAUUUGUGGAGACACAGGAGUAAUAAAGGUUUUUAAGUGCGCGUGUCCUUGUUUGGAGGGUUUUGCUGCUUAAUUGGUGUUGCCAAAAGGAGUAGUUUCGCUGUGGGAAUCUUUUUCCUAAGCGUAUAAACUUAGGAUUUAAAGUUUUCAUUGAACUAUUUAGAAAAAGAAUGAGGCUCUCUUCAGCUGGGUUCAAUCCACAACCUCCGGAAGGAGAGAAGAGAGUUCUGAACUCUGAACUUUGGCAUGCAUGCGCGGGGCCUCUUGUGUCUCUGCCUCCAGUCGGAAGUAGGGUUGUUUACUUCCCGCAGGGUCAUAGCGAACAGGUAGCUGCGUCAACCAAUAAGGAAGUCGAUGCCCCCGUACCUAAUUACCCAAGCUUACCUCCACAGCUUAUAUGUCAACUCCAUAAUGUCACCAUGCAUGCAGAUGUUGAGACAGAUGAAGUAUAUGCUCAAAUGACCUUGCAACCACUGAAUCCGCAAGAACAAAAGGAGGCUUACCUUCCUGCAGAAUUGGGCACUCCCAGCAGACAGCCGACAAAUUAUUUCUGUAAAACAUUAACAGCUAGUGAUACAAGCACUCAUGGAGGAUUCUCUGUUCCUCGCCGAGCAGCUGAAAAAGUGUUUCCUCCGCUGGACUUCUCCCAGCAGCCUCCUUGCCAAGAGUUGAUUGCACGGGACUUGCAUGAUAAUGAAUGGAAAUUUAGGCAUAUAUUUCGGGGUCAGCCCAAAAGGCACCUCUUGACAACAGGAUGGAGCGUAUUUGUAAGUGCUAAAAGACUAGUUGCUGGUGAUUCAGUGCUUUUUAUCUGGAAUGAAAAAAAUCAAUUACUUCUUGGUAUCCGACGAGCUAAUCGGCCUCAAACUGUAAUGCCUUCAUCAGUUUUAUCAAGUGAUAGCAUGCACUUAGGGCUUCUUGCUGCUGCUGCUCAUGCAGCUGACAAUAGCCGCUUCACUAUAUUUUAUAACCCAAGGGCUAGUCCAUCAGAAUUUGUCAUACCUUUGACAAAGUAUAUUAAAGCUGUCUAUCAUACUCGAGUUUCUGUUGGAAUGCGCUUUAGAAUGCUGUUUGAAACUGAAGAAUCAAGUGUUCGUCGAUACAUGGGUACAAUAACUGGCAUAAGUGACUUAGAUCCUGUUCGUUGGCCAAACUCACAUUGGCGAUCAGUCAAGGUUGGCUGGGAUGAAUCAACAGCUGGAGAAAGGCAGCCAAGAGUCUCCUUGUGGGAGAUUGAACCGUUGACAACAUUCCCUAUGUAUCCAUCUCCAUUUCCUUUAAGGCUUAAGCGACCAUGGCCUCCAGGAUUACCUUCUUAUGGUUUCAACGAUGAUAGUUUAGGCAUGAAUUCUCCACUUAUGUGGCUACAAGGAGAUGCUGGUCGAGGAAUGCAGUCUCUGAACUUUCAGGGGAUUGGAGUUACACCAUGGAUGCAGCCAAGGCUGGAUGCUGAUUCCAUGCUCGGUUUACAGACUGAUGUGCACCAAGCUAUGGCUGCUUCUUCACUGCAAGACAUGAGAGCCGUGGAUCCUUCCAAACAAGCAACCACUAACCUUCUGCAGUUCCAGCAACCCCAAAAUCUAUCCUGCAGGCCUGCUGCUUUAAUGCAGCUCCAGAUGUUGCAGCAGUCUCAGCCACAGGGCUUUCUUCAGGGUGUUGAAGACAACCAACAUCAGUCUCAAUCUCAGACCGAGGCUCAAACACAGCCACAUCUUGUUCAGCAACAACCGCAGCAGCAGAAUUCAUUUAAUAACCCUCAACACCAACAGCAAUCGCAGCGUCCACUGUCGCAGCAGCAACAGCAACUGGUCGAGCAACAGCAUAUUUCUGGUGCACUGUUUUCCAUGUCACAGCAUGCUUCGUCCUCUCAGUCCCAUACAUCACCUUUCCAGGCCAUACCUUCACUAUGCCAUCAACAGAGUUUUUCUGAUUCAAAUGGGCACACUGUGACCAGCUCUGUUAUUUCUCCUUUGAGUUCCUUUCCCCAGGAUGAGUCGUCCAAUUUGCUCAACUUGCCUAGAUCCAACCCUGUAAUAAUUUCUGCUGCAUGGCCGUCUAAGCGGUCUGCUGUUGAAGUACUCUCAUCUGGAUCUCCACAAUAUGUUCUGCCUCAGGUGGAACAGUUGGGGCCUAUCAAGACCAACAUUUCUCAUGAUCCUAUUUCGUUGCCACCCUUUCCUGGCAGGGAGUGCUUGAUAGACCAAGGGGGUACUGACCCACAGAGCCAUAUCUUAUUUGGCGUUAAUAUAGAGUCUUCGUCACUUCUUUUGGAAAAUGGGAUGUCAAGCCUCAGGGGAGUUGGCAGCGAUAGUGACUCGACUACUAUUCCCUUCUCUUCUAAUUAUGUGAGUACUGCAGGCACUGAUUUUUCAGUUAAUCCAGCAAUGACACCUUCCAGUUGCAUUAAUGAAUUGGGAUUCUUGCAAUCUCCAGAAAAUGUGGGCCAAGAGAACCCAGAAAGUAAAACCUUUGUUAAGGUUUAUAAAUCAGGGUCUUUCGGGAGGUCAUUGGAUAUCUCCAAAUUUAGCAGCUACAAUGAGCUGCGUAGUGAACUUGCACACAUGUUUGGCCUUGAAGGCCAGUUGGAGGACCCUUUGAGAUCAGGCUGGCAGCUUGUAUUUGUCGAUCGGGAGAAUGACGUUCUUCUCCUUGGUGAUGACCCCUGGCCGGAGUUUGUGAACAGUGUGUGGUGCAUCAAGGUACUUUCACCGCAAGAAGUUCAGCAAAUGGGCAAGCAAGGGCCAGAGCUUCUAAACUCUGUUCCGGUUCAGAAGCUCAUGAAUGGCAGUUGUGAUGAGUUUGUGAGCCGGCAGGACUCGAGAAAUUUGAAAUCCGGUAUCGCUUCCGUGGGGUCCUUGGACUACUGAAUGAUUUUACCUGUUAAGGUGCUGUUAUUCUCCUGUAUUGUUAGUGCCUCUUGCUACCCUUUUAUAGGUUAAAAGAGCUGCCUAACACUAGCUUGAACUGUUAUAUAUACGUAUAAGCAAAUACUGUAACUAUAAGAGAUCUACGUCGUCUAUGUUGUGGAAAUAUGUAAAAUUCAUAUUUAUUAGCACAUCAUCCUCAAUAUUAAUGAAGCAAGCUUUAGCCUUUU